AUGGUAUCCUUGUUCAUACUUUUCAGCAAAAUGGAAUCCUUCAUUAGAUCCAAGUACGAAUCACGCCGAUGGGCUCUAGACGGGCUCCCUCCGGUUGACCCAUCCGUCUUGGAGAAUGCUUCUUCGGCUGCAAUACCAGAUCCUUCUUCCUCACAAAUACCAGAACAAACUCAACCCAAGAGUGUUACUUCUACUCGACCAUCUCACGCUACGAUUUCGAGUAUCUCUCGUCAAUCCAAUGUUGCGAUCAACCCUCCACCUCAACAUCACCAGCUGCUUUCUGCUGGAUACUCGAAUAGACAACCGAAUACCACAUCCGCCGAUUCAUCCGUUCCUCAACCCGUUCACCACGAAUCGACUCUGCAGACCAACAUCCCACAAAAUGACUUGUUUUCUCUUGAUUUCCACGCUCCACCGCCUGUGAAUAAUGCACCCGUGCAGCAGGUCAAGAAGGAUUUCAAGCAAGACAUUCUAUCCCUGUUUUCUAGCCCCCCGGGCGCAACUCAGCCUGCUACGGCUGGCUUUGGACACUAUAAUAAUACGCCCGUUACUGCAUCGUCCUCCCCUUGGGGUAGCAUACAACCACAGCAGCCUAAUGUCGUGGGAGCUUGGGGUGCUAGCUCAGCCUGGACAGGACCGAGUGCUCCGGAUUUGCCGAAUACCGUCUGGGCAAAUUCUCCACAACAUCAGCAAGCAAGUCUGUUGAAUACAAGCAAUGUAUGGGAUGGAAUGAAUUUUGGUCCGCCAGCUCAACAGCAGAGUCAGAGCACCUUCAGUGAGCCGUUCUCAGCCACCCCUGUACACAAGAAAGACGACGUAUUCGGAGACCUUUGGGGGGAUUUCAAGUAG